ACGAGAAGAAGAUGAAGAGCCACGUGUCACAAUAUCGACCCACCCUCUCUCUCUCUCUCUCCACCAUAUGGCUGGCUACUACUGCCACUAGCGAACUUCCCGCUUUCAUCGAAUAAGGCUGCAGAAGCCUCUCUGCCUCUCUCACUUACUUGCAGCAGGAUGGCAAUCGGUGGGUUGAUUUCAAACAGGAACUUGGGCUCCUUCAUCGGCUCAGUAUUCAUCAUCCAUGCACGCGCGGGUACAGUUCUUCGUAAGCAUCCUUGUUUUGGGUUUAUUUGUAGGCAACAACAGGGCCAUGCUCUCUCAGGAGCUCUGUCAUAGAAAAUCAAAUGCAUUGUGCCCUUCUCAUCAACAAAGGCACAUUUCAUCUCUGCAAGCCGCUACAUUACAGCAUGAACUUGGACACAGCAGAAGAGGUUUUCGAUGUUUCCUUCUACCCACUAGACUAUUUAGGUUUAAGGACAACACAUCUCGUGCUUCCUACAAAUCUUCUGAGGAGUCCCAAGGAGCUGGAGCCAUUGACCCACUGCCAUAUGCGGAAGCUAUUUUAGUCCAAGGGAACGCCUCCUGGUGGCAGCAGCAGUUUCCUAGGCGUUGGGUGAUCGUGCUCUUAUGCUUUGCUUCCUUUCUUCUUUGCAAUAUGGACCGUGUUAACAUGAGCGUUGCGAUUCUUCCCAUGUCUCAACAAUAUAACUGGAACAGUGCUACUGUUGGCUUGAUUCAGUCCUCCUUCUUCUGGGGCUAUUUGCUUACCCAGAUUCUGGGAGGUAUCUGGGCUGAUAAGUAUGGAGGGAAGGUGGUUUUAGGUUUUGGUGUUGUCUGGUGGUCCAUUGCCACCGUUAUGACUCCUAUUGCUGCGAAACUUGGUCUCCCCUUUUUGCUUGUCGUGCGGGCUUUCAUGGGCAUUGGCGAGGGUGUUGCUAUGCCUGCGAUGAACAACAUGCUUUCUAAAUGGAUCCCUGUCUCAGAGAGAAGCAGAUCGCUUGCACUUGUCUAUAGUGGCAUGUAUCUCGGUUCUGUUACUGGACUUGGAUUCUCUCCUAUGCUUAUCCAAAAUUUCGGAUGGCCAUCAGUUUUCUAUUCGUUUGGCUCCCUUGGAAGUAUUUGGUUUCUGCUAUGGCUUAAAUAUGCAUAUAGCUCUCCCAAAGAUGACCCUGAGCUAAGUGAAGAAGAAAAGAAGAUUAUACUCGGAGGUAGCAAACCACGGGAACCUGUUACAGUCAUUCCAUGGAAGCUGAUUCUGUCUAAACCCCCCGUCUGGGCGCUCAUAAUUUCUCACUUCUGCCAUAAUUGGGGAACAUUCAUACUAUUGACAUGGAUGCCUACAUAUUACAAUCAGGUCUUGAAGUUCAACCUGACUGAGUCAGGGCUCCUAUGCGUCUUACCAUGGUUUACAAUGGCUGUAUUGGCUAAUGUUGGAGGUUGGAUUGCUGAUACUCUCGUGAGCAGAGGUCUUUCUAUUACAUCCGUUAGGAAGAUCAUGCAAUCAAUUGGUUUUCUGGGUCCUGCCUUCUUCCUGACUCAGCUGAGCCGUGUCAAAACUCCAGCAAUGGCCGUUCUCUGCAUGGCAUGCAGUCAGGGCGCGGAUGCAUUCUCUCAGUCGGGUCUCUACUCUAAUCAUCAAGACAUUGGCCCACGCUACGCUGGUGUACUCUUGGGACUUUCAAACACAGCAGGAGUCCUGGCUGGUGUCUUUGGCACUGCAGCUACUGGCUACAUCCUCCAGCGAGGUUCAUGGGACGAUGUGUUCAAAGUAGCAGUUGGACUGUAUUUAAUUGGAACUCUGGUGUGGAACUUGUUCGCAACCGGAGAGAAGGUUCUCGACUAGCCAGCAGCCGCUGAUGAACAAAGUAGCCAGUUGGUGUGAGGAAAGCUCUUUAUAUGUUUUCUUUGCUUAAAAUUUGAUCUAAUAGCGAAAGUGGUUGCCUUUGUUUGUUAAGAAAAUGUAUUCUUAUUUUUUGGGACUUUUUAAAAAGCUUACAAUUCGAUGGGGAAGGAGAACACUUAAAAUGUAAAGCUCACAUAAAGAAGAAAAGAAACAGCAACCAGUUAUGCAUAUUCCCU